CAAAAAUAGUAGCUAAAAUUGUUCGCUGCUCAAAUUUGUGUGUUAAUGUUUUGGCUACCGUAAGCUUUCUAUCCUAAUUGCGUUUUUAUAAGUUGCAUCUACCUGUUGUUAUUUACUCGAUAAGUCGUUUUCUCCGUUGUUUGUUUUCUGUUAAAAACCCUUUCAUUUGGUGUCAGUGUUAAGCUAUUCAUACGAUCUACAAAAAAAAAACAGCCGCCAUAUAGAAAAGCGAGAUAACACACAAUGCUCGGUAUCUUCCGCAAAUUCAUUUUGGACAAACGUAUCAUACGCAAGACGUUUUCCUUCUCGGCUGUGGCGGCGAAGCGCUUUGUCAUAAAAGACCACUACGAGUUCGAUCAGAAGGUCAUAAACAGCGACAACCCGGUGAUCGUAAAUUUCCACGCCGAAUGGUGCGAUCCAUGCAAAAUCCUUACACCCAAGAUGACGGAACUGCUGGAACCGUCCGAAGAGAUCGAUCUGGCGAUCGUGGACGUGGACGAUAAUGCCGAGUUGGUGCAAACGUUCGAAGUGAAAGCAGUGCCUGCAAUACUUGCCUUCCGAAAUGGUGUGGUAGUAGACAAAUUCAUCGGUCUCGUCGAUGCGAAUAUGAUCGAAAAUUUAAUUGGGAAACUGACAAAGAAAAAGGCAUCCUAAUGAUCUAGUGUUUUAAAAACGAGCGACACGAACGUACUACACUAACGCACAUACAUUUGUGAUGCGAGUUUGACCAUGAACAAUAUAUUGUAGGCUGCUAGGUAAUUGUAUAUUUACAUGGCGGCUUACGCAGGUUUUUGGCAUCCUCAAAUCCCAUCUGUUCGUGCGAAAUACAUGUUAAAAAUGACUCUAUAAGACAAAUUGGAAGAUGUGUGACAAAACAAAGUGUGCAUUGGUUUUGUGGUCCAACGCCACGAAAAUACCAUUUCUCCUCUAUAGUAGGCAUUGUGAUGUACAGUGAUCGAUUUUAUUAUUUUCAGUAAGAGAAACACCAGGUGAAACGAUUUUAUUUUACGAAUAACGAACGACAAAUAUACGGAAAAACGAGCACUUGAAA